UUGGCAGUAGUGCAGACAAGUCCUCUCAUCUAUAUUAAGAUAUGUUUGAAUUCAACUGUGAUUUUUAGUUGAUUUUGACUGUUGUUUUAAAGUUGUCAGUGUUUUUAGGGUGAUGGACAAGGAGACACCUCUUAAAAAGCACCAUCUGUUUCACAGUUAACACUUUAAUGAAGACUGUACAAUGUCUGAGCUGAGGAAAAAGAAGUUACCUGGUACCAGGCCAUAUAAAUCAUAUACUGAUGCUGUUCUACAGCAGGUAUUAGAGGAUAUCAAAGCAGGUAAAAUUGGUCAUCGCCAAGCAGAAAGAGAGUAUGGUAUACCAAGGAACACAAUUCGCAACAAGUUAAAGCGAUGCCACGAAAAAGCAAUAGGCAGGCCUCAGGCGUUUACCGAGAUAGAAGAGCAGAGUUUUGUAAACCAUGUUAUAACAUGCAGUGAAUUUGGAAUGCCUUUAUCAAUGUGUGAUGUGCGCUUUAUCAUAAAAGGUUACUUAGAUUCAACAAACACUAAAGUGCCACAGUUUAAAAACAAUUUACCAGGCGUGGAUUGGGGUAGACUGUUUCUAAAGCGUCACAAAGCUGAGUUAGGUCAAAGGUUCGCAAGUAAUAUCUCAAGAUCCCGGGCUCAAGUCAGUGAAGACAUGGUAAAACAUUUAUUUGUGCAUUUAGAAAAAGAAAUUGAGGGUGUACUACCUUGUAACAUUUAUAACUAUGACGAGACAGGUUUCCAUGAUGUGCCUAGUAAGAAAAAACUUCUGUUUCGACGAGGGUCGCGCCACCCUGAACUGAUUUUGAAUAGCACAAAGUCUUGUUUUACCACAAUGUUUUGUGGAAAUGCCUUAGGAGAAUUUCUUCCUCCUUAUGUUAUCCUGAAAGGGAAACAGAAAUGGAGUGACUGGCUGAAGGGUGCUCCACCAGGCACUAGGUUAAAUGUAACACUUCAUGGGUGGAUUGAUCAGGAUGUCUUCGACGAUUGGUUUGAGAACCACUUCCUUCCUUUUGCUUUGAAACAUCCAGGCAAGAAAGUGUUAAUCGGAGACAACAUGUCAGCACACUUGACUUUGAAAACCUUAAAGUUAUGUACUGAAAACAAUAUAUCUUUCGUCAUGCUUAUUCCCAAUUCCACUCAUUUACUCCAACCUCUAGAUGUGGCAUAUUUUUCGUCGCUAAAGUCUAAUUGGAGGAAAAUCCUGUAUGAUUGGAGACAAACCAGAGAAGGAAAAAGAUGUGUUGCCCUUCCAAAAUCACUUUUUUGUCAGCUUCUAAAGUUUACACUAGAUAUGGGCGAACCAACUGCAUCAAGUAACCUAGUGAAAGGGUUUUUAACAACUGGUAUCCAUCCCAUAGAUAAAGAUAAGGUUAUCCAAAAAUUGCCGCAAUAUGCUAAAGAAGCAUUGCAGAUAACUGACAAUGUAGGUGAAUGUUUCAAAUCAUUCAUAUCAGAAGUGCGUUCUUCUGAUCUGGAUAAGGUUCAACGAUCAAGAAAGUUUAAACUACCUAUUGAACCUGGCAGGAGUGUAUCAGUAGAAGAAGUAGAAACUUUCUAUGACAAAAAAAUUCUGUGUGCGCGCUCAGGACCAAAAACUAGAGGUGGUGUUCGGAAGUUUCCAGGACGAUGUAAGGUUAUCAAACCAAAUAGGCCUAGGGAAGGCGAGCACAUUCCAUGUACUAGUACUUCAGAAAGUCGGGACGUAGUUGACGUGUGUGUGUCAUCAACAAUACAUGCUGGCCCUACUAUGUUACUUGAAGAUUGUACCAGUGAACAUGCUAGCCCUACUGUGUUGAUGGAAGAUAGUACCUGUGAACAUGCUAGCCCUACUGUGUUGAUGGAAGAUAGUACCUGUGAAUAUGCUAGCCCUACUGUAUUAAUUGAAGAUUGUACCAGUGACACUAUAAUCACAACCAGUACUGUAGUCAUUAAUCGCACAGAUGGUUAUAAGGUUAAUGACUAUGUAAUUGUAGUGUAUGAUGGCCAUACUUUUCCUGGUACAGUAACAUGUAUAGCUGAAGAAGAAAAUGAACUUUUGUACAAAGUCAAAUGCAUGGCAACAUCUGGUGGAUACUGGCGCUGGCCAGAUCAUCCAGAUGAAAUUUUUUACAGAGCUUGUGAUGUUAUUUGUAAGAUACCUCCUUGUAACAUUGAACCUGUCAGUGGCCGAGGACAUUUUAAAAUUAAUGAACCUCUCCUAUUGUCAAAAGUGGUUUUAAAAAUAUGAAAAGCUGUUCCAACAUGUUGCAUGUACUGUACAGUAUGCAAUAACCAAUUAAGUCAUGUCAGAUGUUAUAAAAUAGCAGACUUUGACAAAUAGAGAUAUUGUAACACAUUA